GGCCAGGGCGCCGUAAGGCAGAGCAGGGAGGUGGCGAAGGAGGCUCAGCGUCUGCCAGGGCGACCCCUGCGUCCGUCGGCUUGCGCGCCCCACCGCCGCAGCCUCCUCCUCCUCCUCUCUCUCUCUCUCUCUCUCUCUCUGCCUCGGAGGCGGCUCAGGCUGGGCGACUCCAAUCCGGCGCCUCGCUCCGCUUCCUCCUCUUCCUCCGCCCUCGCCGCCGGUCCGUGUUUUGCGUGCGAUCCGAGCUGUAUUUCCAGGCCUGUCCAUGGCUCGGUGCUGUUGGCUCUCUCUCCGUCUGAUCAGCCCAGGCUGUGCGGGGCUCCCUACGGGAUCAGAGCGCUCCCCCGCCGGGACUCCACUCCUCACAUCCUCCUGCUGGGACUCAGCUACAUUUCCAGCCAAGCCUGGCUUUAUUAUGUGUGUCUGCACUGCAGCCCCAGCAGCAAGAUCAGGAGGAGGAAAGCGAGCCAGGACAAAGAAAAGAGAGGGAGGCUGGCGAGAGCGAAAGGAAAUAAAAACCCGAGGCAGCAGCAGCAACGGCGGCGGCGGCGGCAGCAGCGGCGAUGACGGCGGGCGGAUCAGGGCCACCACCUCGCCGCGAUUAACCCAUGGAGGCAGCUAGCGAGCCCCGCAUCCGUGCAAAGAAACAUUUACCUUGCUUGGAGAAGCGCGUUUGUGCGGGAGGGUCGGUUGGACGUGGUGGAGGCAAAGGAGGACUCCAGCCCGAACCGGCUGCAGGGCGCAGGAGAGGACGCGGCUCGCAAGCUACGCGGAGCUUGUAAAGAGCCCCACAAAAGAAAAAGAGAGAGAGAGAGAGGGAAAGGAAGGGGGGGGAAGAGGAAUUAAGCUGCCCCGCACCCCUCGGUUUGGUUUUUUCCGAAAAAGAGAAAACAUUCUUCCCAAAUAUUGCCUCUUUCGCAAGCGAGCUUUUAAUGCAAAGGAGAUCGGGAGGGGGGAAAGGAAACAAGGGGGAGCCCGAAAAGGAGGUGAGGUGCAUUAGACCCAGGGGGGAAGGCAGUGGGAGUCUUUUUAAUUAAUACAACCAGGUUGCUGUUGGGGAUAAUUAAAUAAGCAAAAGAAAAAAAGCGACCACCCCCUCCCAAUUCAUGUUUUUGGCCCCUCGAAGAAGAACUCGCUUGUUUUGUAAAUGGGUUGGAUGGGUUUAAAAAGUCUCAACGGCUCUUAAAAGAAAAAAGGGGAGGCAGAGAAACCCCCAGAGAAACUUUAAAUGAGGGCACACAAAAAGGAAGAGGACCCCUAGGAAUAAAGUGGGGGGGGGUGGAGGAGAAAGGGGACCUUUGAAAUUGGUGGCUUUAAAUUGCAUUUCUUGAUUUGCACGAUGUUGUGUGCGCGCGCGCGUUUCUUGUAUUAAAUUGCAUUUGGAGAGAAGGGGGGGCGGAAGGGGGGGAAGGGUCUGGUCCAGGGUCUGGUCCAGGCAAGGUCGAAAGCUUUGGAUGUCCGAAGUGGGUGUCUAGAAAGAAAGAAAGAAAGAAAAGAGGAGGACUUGGAAGUUGCCGCAUUGCAACAGGCAAAAGUGAGAAAUCAAAUAAUCGAUCCGGGCGCUGCUGCUGCCGCCGCCACCGCCGCCUCGCCUCUUCCAGGAGCCGCCAGCAGACGAAAGUUUCAAGUGGGAAGGAAGAGGAGAAGGGGGGAGGAGAAGAGAGGAAAAGGGGAAGGGGGGAGAGAGGAAGAGGAGGGGAGAGGAAAGGGAGGGGGGGAAGAGAGAAAAAAAUCAAAGCUGGAAAUGUCUAGAAGGAAGCAAGCCAAGCCGCGCUCGGUCAAAGGAGGUCUUGGAGGAGAACUUCACAAUGAUACCAGGGACAGCCGGGCAUUGGAAGAGAGAAACAGCGUUACAAGCCAGGAAGAGAGAAAUGAGGAGGAUGAAGACAUGGAGGAUGAGUCAAUUUACACCUGCGAUAACUGUCAGCAGGACUUCGAUUCGCUGGCAGACCUGACUGAACACAGGGCACACAACUGUCCUGGAGAUGGCGAUGACGACCCACAACUCUCCUGGGUGGCUUCAUCUCCCUCCAGCAAAGAUGUUGCAUCACCCACUCAGAUGAUAGGAGAUGGGUGUGAUCUUGGCAUCGGGGAGGAGGAAGGGGGAACCGGCCUGCCGUAUCCCUGUCAGUUUUGCGAUAAGUCCUUCAUUCGCCUGAGCUACCUUAAAAGGCACGAGCAGAUCCACAGCGACAAGCUACCUUUCAAAUGCACCUACUGCAGCCGGCUUUUCAAGCACAAGAGGAGCAGGGACCGGCACAUCAAGCUGCACACGGGGGACAAGAAGUACCAUUGCCACGAGUGUGAAGCGGCCUUCUCUCGCAGCGACCACCUCAAGAUCCACUUGAAGACGCACAGCUCCAGCAAGCCCUUCAAGUGCACUGUCUGCAAGCGAGGCUUCUCCUCCACCAGCUCUUUGCAGAGCCACAUGCAGGCCCAUAAGAAGAACAAGGAGCACAUGGCCAAGAGCGAGAAGGAUGCCAAGAAGGACGAUUUCAUGUGCGACUACUGCGAGGAGACGUUCAGCCAGACCGAAGAGCUGGAGAAGCAUGUCAUGACGCGCCACCCGCAGCUGUCCGAGAAGGCCGACUUGCAGUGCAUCCAUUGCCCUGAAGUGUUCGCUGACGAAAACGCCCUGCUCUCCCACAUCCACCAGGCCCACGCCAACAAGAAACACAAGUGCCCAAUGUGCCCGGAGCAGUUCUCUUCAGUGGAAGAAGUCUAUUGCCACUUGGAUAGCCAUCGGCAGCCUGAUUCCAGCAACCACAGCAUCAGUCCAGACCCUGUCUUGGGCAGUGUGGCCUCCAUGAGUAGUGCCACGCCAGAUUCCAGCGCUUCGGUGGAGCGGGGCUCCACUCCUGACUCGACUUUGAAACCAUUGAGAGUGCAAAAGAAGAUGAGAUCCCUGGAAAGAGAAGAGGGCCAGACCUGGUCAAAAGUUGCCUACAGCUGCCCGCACUGCACCAAGCGUGACUUCAACAGCCUUGCUGUCUUGGAGAUCCACCUAAAGACCAUCCACGCAGACAAACCUCAGCAAAGCCACACGUGCCAGAUUUGCCUUGAAUCCAUGCCUACAUUGUACAAUUUGAACGAACACGUCAGGAAGGUGCAUAAAAACCAUGCGUACCCCAUGAUGCAGUUCAGCAACAUUUCGGCCUUCCACUGCAACUAUUGCCCAGAGAUGUUUGCAGAUAUCAACAGCCUGCAGGAACACAUCCGUAUUGCUCAUUGCGGGCCAGGAGCCACAACUCAAGAUGGAAACAAUGCCUUCUUUUGCAACCAGUGCUCCAUGGGCUUUCUGACUGAAGCCUCUCUGACUGAGCACAUCCAGCAAACUCACUGCAACAUAGGAAACUCGAAAUUGGAUUCCCCUGUUGUUCAGCCAUCACAGUCUUUUAUGGAGGUGUAUUCCUGUCCGUAUUGCACAAACUCGCCCAUUUUUGGCUCAAUUCUCAAGUUAACAAAACAUAUUAAAGAGAACCAUAAGAACAUUCCACUGGCACACAAUAAAAAGUCAAAAGGCGAGCAGAGUCCAGUUUCUUCUGAUGUUGAAGUUUCUUCCCCCAAAAGGCAGCGGCUUUCGGCUAGCGUCAAUUCUGUUUCAAACGGUGAAUACCCAUGUAAUCAGUGUGAACUGAAGUUCUCCAGCUUUGAAAGCUUCCAGACUCAUUUGAAAUUGCAUUUGGAGUUGUUGUUAAGGAAGCAAUCGUGCCCUCAGUGCAAAGAAGACUUUGAUUCCCAGGAAUCUCUCCUGCAGCACCUCACUGUCCAUUAUAUGACCACCUCAACUCAUUAUGUGUGUGAGAGCUGCGACAAGCAGUUUUCAUCAGUGGAUGAUCUGCAGAAGCAUUUGCUAGACAUGCAUACUUUUGUGUUGUAUCACUGCACCCUUUGCCAAGAGGUUUUUGACUCCAAGGUGUCUAUCCAAGUGCAUCUGGCAGUGAAGCACAGCAAUGAGAAAAAGAUGUAUCGGUGCACAGCGUGCAACUGGGAUUUUCGGAAGGAGGUGGACCUUCAGAUUCACGUGAAGCACAGCCAUUUGGGCAAUCCUGCAAAGUCGCACAAGUGCAUCUUCUGUGGAGAGACUUUUAGCACCGAAGUGGAGCUGCAGUGCCACAUUACAACCCACAGCAAAAAAUACAACUGCAAGUUCUGCAGCAAAGCUUUCCACGCCAUCAUCUUGCUCGAAAAACAUUUGCGGGAGAAACACUGUGUCUUUGAUGCCGGCACUGAGAACGGUACAGCUAAUGGCAUGAUGCCGGCCAACAAGAAGGCAGAUCCUGCUGAUAUCCAGAACAUGUUGAUGAAAAACCCAGAUACUUCAAACAGCCAUGAAGCGAGCGAGGAUGAUGUAGAUGCUUCUGAGCCCAUGUACGGCUGCGAUAUCUGUGGGGCCGCUUAUACGAUGGAGGUCCUUUUGCAAAAUCAUCGUUUGAGGGACCAUAACAUCAGGCCAGGGGAAGAUGAUUGUUCCAGGAAGAAAGCAGAGUUCAUCAAAGGUAGCCACAAGUGUAACAUCUGCUCAAGGACCUUUUUCUCGGAGAAUGGCCUCCGGGAGCACAUGCAGACUCACCGAGGCCCAGCAAAGCAUUACAUGUGCCCCAUUUGUGGGGAACGCUUCCCAUCUCUUCUGACCCUGACGGAGCACAAAGUAACUCACAGUAAGAGUUUGGAUACAGGGACGUGCCGGAUCUGCAAAAUGCCACUGCAGAGUGAAGAGGAAUUCAUUGAGCACUGCCAGAUGCACCCUGAUCUUAGAAAUUCCCUCACUGGGUUUCGCUGUGUUGUCUGCAUGCAGACGGUCACCUCGACUCUUGAGCUGAAAAUCCACGGAACAUUCCAUAUGCAAAAAUUGGCAGGGAACUCUGCAGCUUCAUCUCCCAACAGCCAGGCCUUGCAGAAACUCUACAAGUGUGCUCUGUGCUUGAAAGACUUCCGAAACAAGCAAGACUUGGUGAAACUGGAUGUUAAUGGGCUACCGUAUGGCCUGUGUGCCGGAUGCAUGACUAGGAGCACCAACGGACAGUCCUUGGGCAUGACCACACCAGAAGUUAGUGAAAGACCUUGUGGUAGCCUGAGGUGCCCAGAGUGUAGUGUCAAAUUUGAAAGUGCCGAAGACUUAGAAAGCCACCUUCAGCUGGAUCACCGAGACCUGACGCCUGAGACCAGUGGCCAAAAGAAGGGUACCCAGACAUCCCCUGUUCCUAGAAAAAAGACCUAUCAAUGCAUCAAGUGCCAGAUGACCUUUGAGAAUGAAAGAGAGAUACAGAUCCAUGUCGCAAAUCAUAUGAUUGGUGCAGCCCAAGACCCAGCCCCAAAUGGUGAGGUCUUGGAUUCUUUUCCAGCUCCCGGAUUACUGGAGAGGAGGAUUAUGAAAAAUGCUAUUACAGAGGAAGGCAUCAAUCAUGAGUGCAAGCUGUGUAACCAGAUGUUUGACUCUCCGGCAAAGCUCCUGUGUCACCUGAUUGAGCACAGCUUCGAGGGGAUGGGAGGCACAUUCAAAUGCCCUGUUUGUUUUACAGUUUUUGUACAGGCAAAUAAAUUGCAGCAACAUAUCUUUGCUGUCCACGGGCAAGAGGAUAAAAUUUAUGAUUGUUCCCAGUGUCCACAGAAGUUCUUCUUUCAGACCGAACUUCAGAACCACACGUUGAGCCAGCACGCUCAGUGAGCCCCUGGCACUACAGGACACCUCUCUGCAGAAGACUUGACGGAAGCUCAGUGGGGAGGACCAUUUGAACAUUACAUCCAAUCA